CGCUAACGCCCAUGGCUUCUCUCCCGUCCGCAGGGGGUGCUGGAGGGGCUGGUGGAUCGCGGCCACGAGGUGGUGCUGUUCAGCCACUUCCCCAACAAGAGGCCGCGCGCCAACUGGACGGACGUGGACACGUCUCGCGGCCGCCCGUCCAUGGUCAGCACCUACUCGUUCGACAUGGUGACGGCGCCCAAGUGGGGGCUGCCCGGCUACAACGAGAGGAACAGCAUGGCCAUCCUGAGCACGAUCGCCGGGGAAGGCCUCUGCCGCGACGUGUUCACGCUGCCCGACUUCGACCACCUCAUGAAGGGCGGCUUCGGCCGCUUCGACCUCGUCCUCACGGAGGUGUUCGGCUCGGACUGCUUUGCCGCCGUGCCCUACAAGCUGGGCCUGCCGGUCGUGAGCUUGUCCUCGGCGCCCGACGUCUCUUGGCUGCACGAGCGGAUCGGCUCCGUGGACAACCCGUCGUACAUCGCCAACGUCUUCGGCGACUACCGGGGCAGGAUGACCCUGUGGGAACGGAUGCACAACGCCUUCUCUGGGCUGUACCUAAACCACUUGUUUAAGUACUACAUGCAGGACGGCUGCGACCCGCUGGUGCGCGAGUUCUUCGGGCCGGGGGUGCCGCCGCUGCGCGAGCUGGUGCGCAACACGAGCCUCGUGCUGCUCAACCGCCACGUGAGCAUCCACGCGGCGCGGCCCGUCGUGCCCAACCUGGUGCUGGUGGGCGGGCUGCACGUGCGGGAGCCGCCGGGCGCCCUGGACGCGGACACGCGCGCCUGGAUGGACGGCGCGCAGCACGGCGUCGUCUUCUUCUCGCUCGGCUCGCUCAUCCGGGCCGCCACCAUGCCGGCGCGCAUCCGCGACGCGCUGCUGGGCGCGUUCGCCGAGCUGCCGCAGCGCGUGCUCUGGAAGUACGAGGACGACGGGCUGGUGCUGCCGCCCAACGUGCGCGUCGCCAAGUGGCUGCCGCAGCUCGACAUCCUGACGCACCCUAAGACCGUGCUCUUCAUGACGCACGGCGGGCUGAUGGGCACCCUGGAGGCGCUGCACUCGAGCGUGCCCAUGCUCGGCCUGCCGCUCUUCGCCGACCAGAUGUCCAACAUGCAUCUCUACAAGUCGCUGGGCAUCGCGGACCAGCUGGACCCGCACGACCACGCCGCCAUGACGAAGGCCGUCGUACUGGCCAAGCUGAGGAACAUGACGGGCGACGCUGGGUACCGCGAGCGGGCGCGGGAGAUUGCGUCCCUGUUCCGCGACCGGCCGCGGCGCGCGCUGGACGAGGCCGUGUGGUGGAUCGAGUACGUGGUGCGCCACCGCGGCGCCCCGCACCUGCGGCCCCUCGGCGCCGACCUGCCGCUCUACCAGUACCUCCUGCUGGACGUCGCCGCCGUCGUCCUCGCCGCCGCCGUCCUGGUGGGCUCUCUGAUCGCGCUGGCCGUGCGACGGGCACUGCAGGGAGCGACGUGGAGCUCGCCGACGAAGAUGAAGUUGAAGUGACCCGGAAGGAGAGGGGUGUGUGAGAAUAUCGAAUACAUUUUUAAAUAGGCUGGUUCGGGAAUUGGUUGCGCAUCUUGUAAUGUCUGUGAUAUUCCUUCUAGGACAGAUUUUAGUUUUCUGUACCGUAUUUUAUUUACCUGUGCUACAAGGUGUACUCUAGUUGCGGAGUACUGUACUACAGCUCAUAUCUGUGAUAACCUGACAUGCUUUAACAAUUAAAUAAAACGGGCAGGCCACUUGCCUUUACUCGGCUCAA